GCAACAGCGGAGCUGUCCGGGGAGGGGCGCAACCGUACGUAUACCUACAGAAUUGUUGCACAGACAGACAGUCCAAUUUAGGCAAGUUAAUUCGUGCUCAGGAGCUGCAGGUUUUGUUUUCAGGCCCUUUACUGAGACGCCUGAUCACUUACGUAGAACUACAGCUUAGAGCUUCAAAACUCCCUCGCGCCGGAAGUUGCGCUUGGCACUUCCUAGUAGGGUCCUAGCCAGGAGGUGGGAGUAGGCGCCCCAGCCUGCACCCCAGCCUGCGCCCCAGCCUGCGCCCCGGGGGGUGCCUCCUCUCCCAGAGUUGAAGAGUGAGUAACCAGUGGCUUCAAAUCUGCCUGUUCCAGUAAAUUGUGAAGAGUAUUACUUCAGCCUUCACUGGUUUCUACUCAUUGAGCAAAAGCACUGAAUCCAGCAGUUUACAAAUGGCAGAAGUCAAGUCGAUGUUCCGGGAAGUCCUACCAAAACAAGGGCAGUUGUCUGUGGAAGAUGUAACCACAAUGGUGCUGUGUAAGCCCAAGCUUCUACCCUUAAAGUCUCUGACUCUGGAAAAGCUGGAGAAGAUGCAGCAGGCAGCACAGGAUACAGUCCGUCAACAAGAAACGGCAGAAAAAGAUGAUCAGCAAAGAACCCAUUGACCAGUAUCACUUAAGAGGACGCCCCAUCUUACCCUUUAACUGUUCAGUAAUUAGAAACUAUUCUGCAGAUGUAGGCUGAAACCGCAUAAUCAAAGUGGGCAUUCUUAACAUUAAAACCCAGAACUUGGGAAUUUAAAUAUUGGUUUGUGUUAAAAGAAAAACUUUGAACCAGGUUUUAUAGAAUUUUGAAAAGUUUAUAAAUUAUUCACCAUACCAUAUUGUUAUGAAUAUAAAGAUUAAAUGCAUCUUUUAUGGGGGAAGGAUUUCUUCGUGUUUAUUAGAAACCUUGAUCUGAAAAUAAACUCUUGUUGGGCUUGUACAUUACCAAAAAAUAA